CUGAACGUCAAAUUUUGUCGAGCCUCUUUUUUGUUAACUUCCGCCUAGCGAGGUUCGCACGCAUUGCUACUGGCAAAGGAUGGCUCCAUCACGAAAGAAUAAGGUUGUGAAGGAGGAGGUGCAGGUCUCGCUCGGUCCGCAGGUGCGUGACGGCGAGAUCGUCUUCGGUGUAGCCCAUAUCUAUGCCAGUUUCAACGACACGUUCGUGCAUGUGACUGACUUGUCCGGCAAGGAAACCAUCUCGCGUGUAACCGGCGGUAUGAAGGUGAAGGCCGAUCGUGACGAGGCCUCGCCGUACGCCGCUAUGUUGGCCGCCCAGGAUGUGGCCGAAAAGUGUAAAUCCCUCGGCAUCACGGCAUUGCAUAUCAAACUGCGGGCUACUGGUGGAAACCGCACAAAAACACCCGGCCCCGGAGCACAGUCGGCAUUGCGAGCCCUGGCUCGCUCUUCGAUGAAGAUCGGACGCAUCGAGGACGUGACACCGAUCCCGUCGGAUUCCACCAGAAGGAAGGGAGGUCGCCGUGGUCGUCGUUUGUAAAUCGUGGGUCACGGGUGCCAUCCAGCCGCAUGCGCUGCUUAUAUCCCGUUUGCCCCCCCCCCCCCCCCCCCCCCCCCCCGUUGGAUUUGUCCUUUACUCUGCUGGUGUCAUCUUUGUGGCAGUUGAAUGACGCCUGAAAUCCAAUAAAAGUUCACGAGUUUCGAGCGUA